AUGUCGUCCGCUCCCACCCACAUCCUCUUUGAAUGCGCUACGGGAUGCGCCGUCUUCGAGGUUGCUGCCGUCGAGGAGAUCGGCUCGCUCACCCGUGCCGUUCAGGAGAGCGUCAAUGAAGUCAACACUUUCGGCAAGAUGGUCAAGCUUCUCUCCUUCUCUCCCUUCAAGAACGCCCUCGACGCACUUCAAGCCUCUCUUGACAUCUCGGAAGGUGUCGUCAACGACUACCUCAAGUCGCUCCUCACACUCAACCUGUCCUCUGGCAAGAAGAAGAGCGUCGUACUCGGUGUACAGGACAGGAACUUGGCUUCUUCCAUCGUCGGUGAGCUCGGCAUUCCCUGCGACACCGGCGAGACCUCGCUCGAACUCAUCCGUGGUGCACGACAGCAUGCUGAGAAGCUGCUCAAGGGUAUGGCUGAUGGCGAUCUGGCCAAGGCGCAGCUCGGUCUCGGUCACAGCUACUCGCGUUCCAAGGUCAAGUUCAACGUCAACAGGAGCGACAACAUGAUCAUCCAGGCCAUCGCUUUGCUCGACACCCUCGACAAGGACGUCAACACUUUUGCUAUGCGCGUUCGCGAGUGGUACGGCUGGCACUUCCCCGAGCUUGUCAAGCUGACCACCGACAACCUCACCUACGCCAAGCUCGCCAAGUUCAUCCGCAACAAGGAGCGUCUCUCGGAAGAGGACGUCGAGGACAUGACCGACAUUCUCUCCGGCGACGAGACCACCGCCAAGAACAUCCUCGAUGCUGCCCGCGCCAGUAUGGGUCAGGAGAUCGGCGAGCUCGACAUGCACAACAUCCUCAACUUUGCCGACCGCGUCAUCAACCUAGGCGAGUACCGCAAAAACAUGCACAAGUACCUCAUCGAGAAGAUGCAUCUCGUCGCGCCCAACCUUUCGGCGCUGCUCGGCGAGAUCAUCGGCGCACGUCUCAUCAGCCACGCCGGUUCGUUGACCAACUUGGCCAAGUACCCCGCCUCGACUGUGCAGAUCCUCGGUGCCGAGAAGGCGCUCUUCCGUGCGCUCAAGACCAAGGGCAACACGCCCAAGUACGGUCUCAUCUACCACGCCUCGGCCAUCGCACGUGCUGCGCCCAAGAACAAGGGCCGCAUGUCGCGUUUCCUCGCCAACAAGAUCUCGAUCGCUUCGCGUAUCGACUGCUUCUCCGACACGCCCACCACCAAGUUCGGUGAGGUGCUCGCCGUCCAGGUCGAAGAGCGUCUCGCCUUCUACGAGACCGGUAAGGCGCCAAGCAAGAACUCGGACGCCAUGAGCAAGGCCAUCAAGGCGAUCGAGGAGGCUGCCGGUGAUCUGAUGGACGAAGAUGCGGAUGACGAUGACGACAAGGAUGCCCAGAUGCCUGCCGCUGUCGGCGUGACAGAUCCAGCAGACAAGAAGAGCAAGAAGGACAAGGAGUCCAAGAAGGAUAAGAAGUCCAAGUCGAAAUCCUCGGACUCGGACAAGAAGAAGGACGUCGAAAAGGCGGCCAAGAAGGCGGCCAAGGAGUCUUCCAAGAAGGACAAGAAGGAAAAGAAGGACAAGAAGGACAAGAAGGAAAAGAAGUAG